ACCUCACCCGGCAAAGCCAAGGGGAAGGGCAGGCGAAUCCUUUAGCAUGGCUGGAAGAGGGGGCCUUUUGAUGCUGGAAAACUUCAUAGGUGGAAAAUUUUUACCUUGUAGCUCAUACCUAGAUUCCUAUGAUCCCUCCACAGGGGAAGUGUACUGCCACGUGCCAGACAGUGGGGAAGAAGAGGUCGAAGCCGCGGUGGAGGCUGCCAGAGCAGCUUUUCCGGGCUGGUCCUCCCGGAGCCCCCAGGAGCGCUCACAGGUGCUGCAGCGGCUGGCCGACUUGCUGGAACAGUCCCUGGAGGAGCUGGCCCAGGCCGAGUGCAAGGACCAAGGGAAAACCAUAACCCUGGCGAGAACCAUGGACAUUCCCCGGGCUGUGCAGAACUUCCGGUUCUUCGCCUCCUCCAUCCUGCACCACACGUCUGAAUGCACGCAGAUGGACCACUUGGGCUGUCUGCAUUACACAGUGCGGGCCCCUGUGGGCAUCGCGGCUCUGAUCAGUCCCUGGAAUCUGCCCCUCUAUCUGCUGACCUGGAAGAUCGCUCCAGCGAUCGCGGCUGGCAACACAGUGAUAGCUAAGCCCAGCGAGCUGACUUCCGUGACCGCGUGGAUGAUGUGCAGACUCCUGGAGAAAGCAGGUGUUCCGCCAGGUGUGGUCAAUGUUGUGUUUGGAACGGGGCCCAGGGUCGGCGAGGCCCUGGUGUCCCACCCAGACGUACCCCUCAUCUCCUUCACUGGGAGCCAGCCCACUGCCGAGCGCAUCACACAGCUAAGUGCCCCCCACUGCAAGAAGCUCUCGCUGGAGCUGGGGGGCAAGAACCCUGCCAUCAUCUUUGAAGAUGCCAACCUGGACGAGUGCAUCCCGACCACUGUCAGGUCCAGCUUUGCCAACCAGGGUGAAAUCUGCCUCUGUACCAGCAGAAUCUUUGUCCAGAGGAGCAUCUAUAGUGAAUUUUUAAAGAGGUUUGUAGAGGCGACCAGAAUGUGGAAAGUUGGUAUUCCUUCUGACACAUCAGCUGACAUGGGAGCUCUGAUCAGUCAAGCUCAUCUGGAGAAAGUCAGAAGUUACAUCAAGAAAGCUCGCCUGGAAGGGGCCCGAAUUCUGUGUGGUGAGGGAGUGGAUACAUUGAACCUCCCCCCCAGGAAUCAGGCAGGGUACUUCAUGCUUCCCACGGUGAUAACAGAUGUUAAGGAUGAGUCCUGCUGCAUGAAGGAAGAGAUAUUUGGUCCGGUGACGUGUGUCGUCCCCUUUGAUAGUGAAGAGGAAGUGAUUCAAAGAGCCAACAGUGUUAAAUAUGGACUGGCUGCCACCGUGUGGUCAGGCAGCGUGGGGCGUGUCCACCGGGUGGCCAAGAAGUUACAGUCAGGCUUGGUCUGGACCAACUGCUGGCUCAUUAGAGAGCUGAACCUACCUUUCGGGGGGAUGAAGAGUUCUGGGGUGGGCAGAGAAGGAGCCAGAGACUCUUACGAAUUCUUCACUGAAGUCAAAACCAUCACUGUUAAACACUGAACUCGGCCAGCGCAGAAGCUGAUGCCCGGCUGCAGAGACUCAGUCGUCCGGUGUGGUGAAAAGAAACCCCUGCAUAAAUUUCAGCCAGGUUUUGACUCAGCAGAAGAUUCUCUCUAUAGCUUAUCCUCUGUACCUAGUAUUGUUACCGACUGGUGAAAAGAUGCUUGCUCUUUUCAGUGAGGAGUCAAAGAGAUCUCUGAAUAGGAAGGCAUACAAAGGAAGCCACACAAACAUUGGGCUCCUCCUAAGUUGUGUUUUCAUUGUUUCAUCAUUUUGAUUCAAUUCUUAAAAAUUCACAGAUAAUUAGUUUCUUUUUCUCAUUUGCAAGUAUAUGGUAAAAAAAAAAAAAAUCUACAAAGUCAAAGAGAAACACAUCACCAUAAUCUCUAACUUUGGGGAGAUUGCAGAAAUGGUCUCUCCAUUCAUCAGCAACUGGCAUGGCUCAUUGGUAAUUGACUGUACCUCAUUAUGCAAGGGUGCUUUGAAUGUUGAUGAUGUAAUUUAUGUGGGAUUUGUCAGAGUAACCAUAUAUGAUAGGUCCUACUAAAUAUAUCUUUAUGAAGACAAAGAGAAAUGAAAUAAUGACUACUUUUGGAAGAUACUCAGAAGGAGUGUUUGAUAUUUUCAUACUAUGGAGUCUAAUCAAUUCCAAUUCAAAGUGUAGCAUCUCAGGACGCUUAAAAUUUUCGAAUACUGUAUGGCUGAGUCUCUUUGCUGUCUACCUAUAGCUAUCACAGAAUUGUUAACUAUACCCUAGUAUAAAAUAAAAAGUUUUAAAACUUUACUAAUCUUAAAGGAAACAAUAAACGUUAAACAAGUUUAGCGAGCA